CAUGGAGACGGGACGCGGCCUGGCAGGGCUGCUUUGUGUGUGAAAGCCGGGAGGGGAGAGAGCCGGUCACCGGGAUGAUUCCGGGGAGAGAGGAUCUCUGAUACUGCCAGCAUGUCAGACAUUAUCUGCCAGUGGCUCAAUGAGGAGCUGGGGCUGUCCAGGCGUGUGGAACCUAAGAGUUUUGCCAAAGAGUUUGCCACAGGAUAUCUUAUUGGGGAAGUGCUGCACAAAUAUCAGUUACAAGAUGACUUUGACCAAUUUUCACAGAGCAGAGCAGCCAAUGCCAAGCUAAACAACUUUACCCGAAUUGAGCCCACUAUGCAGCUAUUAGGCAUCUUAUUUGACCAGAAUGUGGCCCAGAAUAUCAUGUCGGAGCAACAUGGAGCUGCCACAAGACUUCUCUACCAGUUAUACAUCGCUUUGCAGAAGAAGAAGAAAGCCGGUCUCACAGGAGUUGCUCUGGAGACCUUGAGACCAGCCGCCCCGGCAAAGCUGCAGAGUAUUGGCACUGAAAUGUAUAGAGAGCGUCUUAAAACAUUGGUCCCUCGACAGACAGAUUUAAAUUUACAACAAGUGACUGAACAGUUUGAUCUAAAAGCAAAAGAGAUGGAUGAGAAGAUGGCCCAAAUACAAAACGAUGAAUUUAAGAAAAUCCAGAAGAUACAAGAGGAACUAAGAAUGCAGGAUAUCGAAAAGCUACGCCGAGCAAGGAGGAGACAAAAUGAAAUAAUGGCUCGAAUUCAGGCUGCAAUUGUGCAGAUUCCCAAACCUCCACUAAACCGAACAUUAAGAGCCAUAGAAGCACAGAAGAUCCUCAGAAAGAAGAAAGAAGCAGAGGAGGUUUACCAAGAACUGGCAAGAUUUGAAAAAUCAGCGAAGAAAGAUGCUCUGAUUAACAGCAUUACACCAAAUGGAAGGAGUCCAACAUUGCAAAGAAUAAAGUCAAAUGGCAGCAUUGGCAGUGGUGUCGUCAAACUAGAAUCUAAUGAUGAUUAUGUAAAAAAAAUCCAGAAAAGGCUUGAAGAGGAUACCAUGGCACGUGAGCAGCGGGAGAAAAGAAGGCGCAGAGUCCUAAUAGAGCAGCUUGGCGCUCAUGGGGCACAGGAGGAAGCAUUUCGGGAGGAACAGCUUAUAAACCGUUUGAUGAGACAAUCUCAGCAGGAGCGCAGAAUCGCCAUCCAGCUAAUGCACAAUCGCCAUGAGAAGGAAAUCAUAAGGCAGAACCGAAUCUUCAGAGAGAAGCAGUAUCAGGAACACCGUGAGAAGGAGUUCCAGGAGGCACUUGAAAGAGAAGCGGCUUUGCAGCAUCAAGCCAAGCUGGAUGCCGAGGAACAAAUGCGGAAAGUUCAGGAACUACACGACCAGAUAGCGGCGGAUCGAGCGCAGGCCCGAUACAAGAAACACUACGGCAUUUGUCAGGAAAUAGUGAACCAGAUUGUGGAUCUAGUGACAAAAACAGGAGAAUACCGAGAACUAACUAACAGGGUCAUACCCAACAAAGUCAUGCGAGAGUGGAAAGAGAUCUUUAUCUCUGGACUCCCCCUGUAUGAAGAAGCUUCCAUAGAUCCUUUACCUUCUGAACCAACUCCUGAACAACUUGUGGAGAUGGAGAAAGACAAUCUACUCAAUGACAAGGACUUUGAAGAGUACAAGAGCAUGUCAGGAGAGUGGAUUUUAUCUGAUGACUCUGAGGUGAAGACACCUGCACCCAACAACAACAUCCUAGGCCAUGUGGUCCAUAGACUGUUGGAUAUUGUCAAUCCGCCCCCACCUAAUACACCACCACCUGGGUUUCCUCCGUUCCCCAUCAAAGGCUGCGUUCUUGGGAAGAUCUUCUCUGGAAAGAGCAACAGCCUCAAGCAUUUGGCAAAAGUUUUCAGCGUUGAGGUGCUUUAUGUGGAUUCCUUAGUAAAAGAGGCCUUACAGGCCUAUAAAGACAAUGAGAUGGAGCAAGAGGUCAUUAUAUCUGCUGAUACAGAUCAAGAGGAACCUCAGGAAAAUAAGCAAAUGACAGAUAAUGUUACUGCUGAAUCGAAUGGCCCAGAGGUGCAAUCUUCUACAAGUAUUCCUGCAAUUACAGAAAAUGAUGAACCUAUAAAUGAAAAAUCGCAUCAUACAGUGCAAAGCUUGACCAAAGAAAACUCUGUUGAGAAGGAAAAUAAGCUGUCAGCCAGGGCCGAGCUGGGCAGAUUGAUGGAGAAAUAUCUGAAGAAGGGAAAAGCUGUGCCCGAUGAGUUACUUGUUGACAUCCUUGUCACAGCAAUCAAUAAGAUUCCAGCAACCUCUGGAUGGGUCAUAGAUGGCUUCCCAGCUACUUUGAAUCAGGCAAAACUGGUAGAGAAAGCUCUUACAGGAUUUGACCCGGACAAAAUGGCAACAAGAAACAAGAAGAAAACGUCAACUCUAGUCAAAGAUCCGGCCGCCCCGCAGGAUCCAACGCCACCUCCUCCAGCGUUUGACUUUGCGGCCUUAAUAGACAUUUCAGACAAUGUAGUGUUACAGCGUUCUGCAGCGUUUUAUGGUCAAGGAGAUGACCCAGCCAAUGCUGCAGGUUCUAAUGGGGAGGACCACAAUCAGAAACUGGAUCAGAUCCAGCACAGAAUUACAGGAUUCCUUGACAACUGGCAGAAACUAGAGGCAUGGUUUUCACUACAGAAUCUCUUAGUCAAAGUAGAUGGAGAAGUGGAGGAAGACACUUUAUACCAGUCAAUGGAGAAUUUAUUUUUAACAGCUCUCUACAAUAAGCAGAAUAAAGAUAAAGAGACUGAGAAGAAGGAAGAGAUUCCACCGAUGCCAGUCACGCCACCAGCUCCCUCUCCACCUCCCACUCCUCCUCCAGAGACCAUCAAAGAACCACGUCCUUCGUCUUCUGAAAAAAAGAAAUCUGCAAAAAAAGGAAAGGGAAGAUCUAAGUCACCAAAAGAUAGUUCUCUAGAUAAAAAAGAAAAGAAGGCAGAUACUCCUCGAGCAAAAGAUUCGGCACCCAAGUCGGCACCCAAGUCACCAAAAGGAUCCCCAAGGGGUCGUUCGCCUGGAAAGAAAAAUAAGUCCGCCCCAGCUACUCCUGAACCUUCACCACCCACACCUCCACCCAUUCAGCCUGGGUCUGCGGAAUGGGUGUAUGUAAGCGAGCCACUUUCUAAGGACAUUCCAGAGUUUCUGGUACCUUACUGGAAGACUAUAGAAAAGGCAUAUGAAGCUGCAAUCAAAGCUGGAUUAAAGAGUAUGAGACAAGAACGCUUCAUUGUAAUUCAUUAUCUUUAUGAUAUAAGGAAUACAUUUAAAGAUUAUCUAAAGCGUCCAGACCAUAAGCAGGACUUUGUCUCCCAGUGGCAAUUUGACUUUAAUAACAUUCCAGAAGAUCUGUGGAAAGAUGAGGAGACAAAAGCAGAACUGCAUCAAAGGCUGGAUGAUCUAAGAGACUGCUUGUGGGACAUCUGUGACAACAGGAAGGAGGAAGCUGAGCAGGAGCAAGCGGGCAUCAUGAACGAAGGCUGGCUGCAGGAUCACCUAGGAAUCCUCAUGAACCACUUCUUUUCCUUGAUGCAGGCAGAAGUUGACCGAUUUCAAGAUACAAUGAGAUUUCUUCAUGAUUAUUAUCAAGGAAUGGAGAACAAAAUUCCACCUGAAAACAGCCAGGAAUUUGCCCGUAUUCCUUUGGUCGAUAUCAUUAAUUCCAGUGUACAGGAGGAACCUGAACUGCCCAAAAGGAUUCCACUUGUUCCUCGAAGAACUCAGUCCCCGGGACAGAGCUCCGCCAAGCAGAGAAAUAAGCAUGCCACAAUGAAAGGAAAAGACGAUCCCUCCUUGGAGAGCCGUGGACACAUCUCUGAAACUGAUCAGAAAAUUAUUCAUGACACUUGGCAAACAGCAUUAUCUGCCAUUACAAAUAUGGUGACUCUUGAAAAAGAAGCUCUAGAAGCAGAAGGGGAGAAGGAACGACAGAUGAUGGAAGUCAGGGAGAAAGAGCGGCUUAAAGCUUCCAGAGACAGCGUAAAAGGGGCAAAAAAGAAGUCUCCAAAGUCACCAAACAGAAAAAAAGGAGGAAAGUCUCCUGGACCUGCAACCCCCUCGCCUUCCCCUUCAGCGCCCGAGGACAACACAGAGCUGCAGAGGCAACAGGAAUUGCAAAUGAAAAUGAAGCAAGAAUAUUUUGCUGCACUGGAAUCUGAAGAGGUAGCUGUGAACGCUCGGAUUGAACUGAUAAAAACAAAGGCCUUGGAAGUGUACCAGGACAUGUUAUCAAAAGCACAGCAGGCUUAUAAAGACAUGAACAUGUGGCUGGGGGCUCGAUUCCUUGCUGAGAUGUCAAGUAUUGACAAGUUGAUUCUGACUGCUCGUCACCACAUUGAAACAAGCACUAAGAUACAGUAUGAACUAGUCCUGGAGCAAACUGAUUUCUAUAUCAGCUCUGAUGUCAAAGUUUUCCCAGAUCCCAUCCCACCUCCCAGACCUCCUCCGAUGGAAAUGCCCUACAAUGGCACUCUGACCAUAUCUCAGCUUUACAGAUUACAUCGUCAGUUUCUGCAGAUGGCUCCUGAAGGUAUAAUAUCAGAUAAGAAAUUUGCAGAAAUUCUCAUGGAUCUUACGUCAAUGAAUCUUGGAGAUGACACUCUUCCGGAUCUGUGGAUGCAUCUUACUCUUCCUGAGAUACAUGAAAUGACCUCGGCCCUGUCACUGGGCUCAGACAUGAUGAACUGGCGUAAGUUCCUGUUAGCUGCAUCCUUACCUUGGCCGUACCCCUCAUUGCUCCAACUUCUGGAGACCCUGCAGAGAUUUCAGGCUACAGAUCCGGAUAUGUGUGGCGUAGUGGAUGAGGAAACUUACAGUCAGGUCGAGCUGUGGUUUACAGGAAAAAAUGAAGAAAUGGUUCCUGAAGACCCAACAGAACCUCUGCCAUUUAAUAGGCUAGAACAUCUUAUAAAGUUUUUCUUUGACUUGUUCGCCAACCAGGAAGCACAGCAUGCUCAGCUUCACUAUGUGGCUAUGUUGUUAUACUUCGCCUCCCAUCCAGAUCCCACAGAGGGAUUCUACAGAGCGCUCAGUGUUGUCAAAGGAAAACAAAUAGUGAUUAAAACAGAUGACAACUCGCUUGUGAAGUCUGUUCCAAAUAUGGGUAUUUUUGAAGACGGUAGAGAUGAGAUUAUGGGAAAUGAGGAUGAAAUGCUGAAAGACACAGAAGAGGUCACUGUCACUCUGGAGGAAGUCCUGCAAGUGUUUGAGCAUGGAGCUGGAGAUGAUGGAGAAAGUCACAGGUUUUACUCCCGCGAAAAAGAAGCAAGUGGUGAUUACAAGAGUAUCCAGCGCAUAUUCAGUGAAAUAAACGCAGACGGUGGCGCAGUGCCUGUCACCUCUCUCCUGAAACACCCUGCUUUUUGUGAUCUUGUUGAAAGCUGUCAAAACUAUAAGCUUCCUGACAUCCAGAGCACACUACAGAAAUCCAAAGUGACACCCUCGAGUGAAGGAGACACCCUAACAUCCAGCAUCACUGGAGUAUAAUACACAAUGCAUAUGCCAUAUAAACUCAUUCUGCAAGGAUUCUGCCAGCAACAAUAUGUUUUGGUGCUGGAGAUUAUGUUUACUUGUAUUUCUAUUUGAAAAUUUAUUUUAGAUUUUUUUUUAAAGUUUUGAUUUUGUAUUAAAUACAAAAUCAAACAUUUAUCAUAUUGCA